AUGGAUUUACUUGUACGGCAUUGUUCCGAAGAAAUUGCUUUGGACGGAACCUCCGGAUGUCACGUUGAUCGUUUGUGGUUUUUUGCAGAAAGAUUCUAUGCUAAACAAGGAAUUGUGCAGAACAUUGAUGAAGAUUUUAAAGCCUUUCUAUGGCCAUUUAUCCUUCGUCAAGAUGGAAUUGAGGUGUGGAUUCAACAUCCAAAAACAACCGCAGCGAGUUUGAUUACAGACAUAACCGAAAACUAUCGUGCUAUAACAGAAGACGAAAAGCGACAACUUGUUCUACGAGCAUCUGAAGAUCGACAAUGGCUCACUCUUACGUACAAAACGAAAGAGGAUUCAAAAGUUCAACCUUUGGCUUUCGAGUUGCUAUCAUGUAUUUCAAAACACAGAGAGGAAGGCGUUGAUCGAAUUCAGCUCUGUAAAGAAGCGGGCCAAGAGGCUCGAAGUGUGUAUGGUCGCAUUCAAGCGUUGGAAGAUGCAGGGCUAAUUUCAAAAAUUGCGAUUCACAAAAACAAAAACCUCACAGCUCUGCUUGUGCUGAAACGAUUCGAGAAUGAAAACAAAACUUUGCGUGAUACUGUUGCACAGGUGUCAGGAAAGCCAAUAUAUAAUACGGAAAAAAUCCGAAAAGACAUCUGUGAUAUUGUUGGAUCACAGAAGAAUGGCAUUUGCCGACAUGUUGAUGCUUGUCGAUUGGUUAACCUUAGCAAUAACAAAUGGGAACGCAAAUAUUUUGCUCGACAAGUUCGGAAUCUAUACAGAGACGGCUACGUGAAAAAGUGUCUUUCGCAAUCGCGAAACAGUGACCGUUCUGUGCGAUGCAUUCAAUUCAUAAGGUCUUACAUUCCUCAUUCUUCAAAUGUUCCUGAAAGCCAAAUCUCUGAUGAUGAUCUUGAGGGCGAAGAUGAUGUGGAGGAAGACGAAUCGCUUUUUGAUACGAAAUCCGAGAUAGAUGCUUCAACUAUACAGGACGUGACUGAACUCCCUCAGUGGAUGCCAAUGUGGAUACGUUUCCAAUCAGUUGAGUACCAAUGCUACCGCACUAUUCGUGAUCAAGGAACAAGGGGUGCCUUAACGCUUCAUUUAUUGAACACACUCACAGGCGAGAAUUACGUGAAACCUCUAUCAAAAAUGCUUGAAGCACUUGUGGAUAAUGUUGCUUAUGUUCCGCCUCAUUUAUCUCAUUUGGCUAUUGUUCGUGCCGAAGAUAAAACCAGAAAAUCGCGGCAGUAUCGUUACUUUACGUGGUCCUCACAAGCUGAUCGCUUAUUACAGGAUGGACUCUCUCUGGAAAGCGUAUCCGCAUCAGUACCCAUGGUUAAUGAAAGUGCAGGUGAACUUCCACCUGUUGACCACACACAAUUUAUUAAUCCAAUUGUUGCUUCGGCCAUGGGCCAAAGUUCUCCAAUGUUUUCGCUCAUGUCGCCAGAUGGAAUGGGCUCCGUCAGACGCAAACGCGGCCGUCCACGAAAGAAUACGCAACCUAUGCUACCAGAGCCUCAACCUGUUCAUCCAUUACAAGUGGUUAAUGCAUCACCUACUUCAGCCAUAAAAAAAGAGUUACAAAUGGCGUCGGAUCUGUCCAUUCCUCCAACUCCGAGUCUGCUAAAUUUUGCUAAAACAAAUGAUGGACUUGCUAUUGCUUCGCCAUUUUCAAGCGAGUCAUUGGCCAAGAUGAACCCUGAAACGGGUGACGUUUCGCAACUCAGUAACGUUAGUAAAAUGGGCACUCCUUCCAAGGAUUACUACUCCUCAACAUCGCAACCUGUGUCUGUUUUUUCUACACCGACACCUGCUUUUGUGCAGCGAGAACACUUGGACAGAUUGCGCGUUAGUACGCCGCCAGUAAAACGACCUCGCUUAAACACUGUUGAUUUCCUUUCUCUUCAGAGACAAACUUUGCUACUUGCCUAUUUGGACUCCCAAAAUGGUGUAUUCGAGGUCGGUAAUCAUUGUUUGGAAGCAAUUGCUGACCUAAAUAUGCGCAGAAAUCCAGAUGCAGGUCGUACUGUAAUGGAUCGAAGAACCUUUAGCGGCAUCGUUACAAAGCUUAUUCAAUCGAAGAAAGUACGGAAAGUUGUCAUGGCAUUUGAGAAUGGUGCCGGCACGCUUCAAAAACGAGAAAUUAUAAUUCGUUAUGAUAUAUCAAUGGAUGACCCUCGGAUUCAACAAAUGAAGGAAGUUGUGAAAAAGCGAAUUCAAGAACAAUCUAUAUCGAAUCGGAAACCGCUAACAGUUUUACAUGAUGUGGAGUUUGACGUUUUAAAGAAAUCCCGUAAGAAACCCAAGCCUACUGUUGCUGCUCCAGUGCGUAAGCAGCCACGCGUUCAAGAGUUGAAUAAUGCUCAGAAAAUGAAAGCAAGUGCUACUAUUGCUGCAAAGGAAGCAAAACGGCGCAGUAAAGUCAAAACCGAAAAAUCAGGCGUUGAUAAGGUUUUUGAUGAAGGAAGGCGUUUGCUCGAAUCUUUAGCACCUAGUGUCGAGAAGUUAACUCCAGGUUCCUCUCCGGCAUUGGAAAAGUCGGGUAGCAAGUCUACAUACGUGCGGCAACGAAAAGAUCGUUAUGCCUUGGGCUCAGACGAUGAAAAUGAAGAGCUGCCAAUGGGACCUUUGAUCAUCAAACGAUCUGUUAAGCGGCUCCGUCAUGACUUUUCAAGUGAGGAAGACGAUACAUUGGUACGAGCUGUUACUAUUACUCAGUUCUUUUAUGGUGGAAAUAACAGACUCAUCAAGUGGAAAGCCGUUCAUAAAUGUUUACCACAUCGUCCACUCGAUUUGCUUGGUAGACACUUCACUACUAUUCGCCAGGGUGAUCUUGAGCCUGUUCCCGAGAACAGUGAUGAGUUUAAUCCCGAAGCCUACGUUGAAGCAUCUCGAAGACCAUACCUUUUAACGAACAAUGUCUCUUCGGACUUAAACUUUCCAGAGUCAAUGGAAGAGCUGAACACGCGUUAUGACAUUCAAGAGAUUCCGCUUGUCUUUGUACCAAAGAAUCAUGUGUUCGAUACAUUUGUUUCUGCAACAUCACGGAUUAAUGCCUUUGCCGACACGGGGUUUAUUAUUCCGUCAUCAGAAAUAACAGAUACAAAUGACAAUGAUGAAAACGCUGGGGAUAACAAAGACGAACGCCAGCAAUCGGAACUUCAAGAUCAAGAGCUUGACAAUGAAUUGAUCUUUCAAGCAAAAUCAACUAUUAAAAGUAUCGUUGCCAUUCCUAAUGACUCGUAUGAUUCUGAGUUUGCCAAGUCAAGGCUUUUGGUUUACCCGGAAAAAGUGCUUAUUCUCGCCCACCAGGAGUUGCUUAAAAAUCGUAUCACUAGUCGUGUGCAUUCUGAAGUCACUCGUCUGCAGCCGGGACGAAACUUUCAAUUUACAGAAAAAUUUGCGAAUUCAAUAAAGUCUUUGCUUUCGCCGUUAUUCCUUCCUCAAGCAAACCAGUUCAGUCGAUAUCUCACAGACGGCUUUUCUGCAGGGAAAAGUCACUUGUUACAAGAGCUCUCAAACAAUGGUACAGUGGGCUGUGUUUUGGAUCUACUUUCUCAAAGACUGAUAGAUAUAUCAAUAGUACGAAGUAAGUUCACCGAAGCUGGAAUUACUGAAGGCUAUAAGACGAGGCUGCUUGAACGUGAUAACAUUAAUCUUGGUCUUGUUUUGACGAAACGAGCCGAUGCUUCAGAUCCUUUUGACUCAACCGUUACUGCGAGGCCUCCUAAGCAGGAGCCUCGAUUAUGGUUGGAUGGCAAAGCAGAGUUCAUAAAGAAGAUCUGGCUUGAAAUUUUGCACGCUAUUCUACAUCAGCUUAUGCGAAAACCUGGCAUCAGUAGAGCACAACUUGCUUAUCUACUCUAUCCGGGACUGGAACGUAGAGAGUUUGAUGAAGUCUUGAACUAUGUCAUCGCUUCUCGGGCUGCCAGGGAGGAUGAUGGUCUGUUUUUGAAUCAUGGCUAUUACAACUAUUUAUGGUAA